AUGACGCGGACUACUCAGCUCUUCCCUCUUGUCGUGGCCGCAGUCGCGGUUUCCUUCUUGUCAGCAGCGGCCGCGUCCAACACCACCACCUCGUCACUCCAAAGCCUCCUCGCCGAAGUGUCGCAGUGGCGGGAAACCCACCUGCGCGACCCUUCCUCGCACCCGGGCGGCGGCGCGGCGCAUGCUGGCGUCCGUCCGAACACCGUCGUGGCAUGGGCGCUGUCCUUCCUAGCCGCGUCCGUGUCGAGCGCCGGCGGCGUGGGCGGCGGGUCGCUGUUCCUGCCCAUCCUGAACCUGGUGGCGGGGCUGAGCCUGAAGCGCGCCACCGCCUACUCGUCCUUCAUGGUCACGGGCGGCGCGGCCUCGAACGUGCUCUACAACCUCGCGUGCACGGGCAUGGCGGGCCGCGGCGGCGGGAGGCUGAUCGACUACGACAUCGCGCUGCUGUUCCAGCCGUGCCUGCUCCUGGGCGUGAGCAUCGGGGUGGUGUGCAACGUCGUGUUCCCGGAGUGGCUCAUCACCCUGCUCUUCUCCCUGUUCCUCGCCUUCUGCACCGCCAAGACGUGCCGCGCGGGAGUCAAGAUCUGGCGGUCCGAGAGCGGCGGGACCGGGGCCAGGGCCGCGCGCGGCGACCACCACCACCACGGCAAGGAGCCCCUGCUGCUGCGGUUGCCCCGCGGCACCAGCGACGCCGACGCCGAGGGCGGCCGCGGAAAUGGCGCGGGGUUCCCGUGGGCGGACGUGGCGCUGCUAGUCAUGGUCUGGCUCUGCUUCUUCGCGCUCCAUGUCCUCAUUGGAGAUAAGCACGGGAAGGGCGUGAUCAGGAUUAGACCCUGCGGCGUCGCCUACUGGCUUAUCACCUUGUUCCAGCUACCUGCCGCUGUGGCUUUCACAGGGUAUAUUAUAUACGCCAAGAGGAAGAAACACGUUGUUCAUAGCCAAGACCAAGAGGAUGGCAAGGCAGAUCUUGUGGACACAGGAGUGGAAACCACCUUGCCAUCACUUACACUCCCGCUCGCCGCUUUCGUCACCGGGGCUCUGAGUGGCCUCUUCGGCAUUGGAGGAGGACUGCUUCUGAACCCUGUUCUUCAGAUCGGAAUACCCCCGCAGCGACGUCUUCGUUCAUGGUCCUGUUCUGUGCGUCCAUGUCCGUUCAUCCUGCUGGGCGUGGAGGGCAUCGGGCAGGCGUCCAUCUACGCUGGGAUAUGCUUCGUUGCCUCGGUCGUUGGGGUCGUCGUGAUCGAGCGAGCCAUCAGGAAGUCCGGGCGGGUCUCUCUCAUCGUGUUCCUGGUCACCGCCAUCAUGGCGCUCAGCACUGUGAUCGUCACCUGCUUCGGAGCGCUAGAUGUCUGGAUGCAGUACACCAGCGGGGAGUACAUGGGCUUCAAGUUACCUUGCCGACAUGGCAUCUUCGAUGGUGAGAGAACUGCUUGGUGUUACUGUUAUGGGCUUCGUUUUGGCUUGGCCUUUUUAUAUGGCUUUCUGAAGGAAGGUUUUGCAUUUGUGCUCUUCACCUUGUGA